AUGCCCGACCAGAUGUCUGAACCGGUGAUCAUUAUCGGCGCUGGUCUGGCGGGCCUCGUCGCCGCUUACGAGUUGACUCGCCAGAACAUCCCGGUGACGAUAGUCGACCAGGAAAACGAACACAACCUAGGCGGUCAAGCGUUCUGGUCACUCGGGGGCAUCUUCUGCGUCAACUCCUCCAUGCAACGUCGGUAUGGGGUCCGAGACAGUCAUGCGCUGGCGCUGGCGGACUGGAUGAACACGGCACAGUUUGACCGGGUACCGGGCCAAAAGCAGCCAGAAUUCUCAUCAGAUGCCGACUCAGGCAAGGCCAUCUCAGAGUCGGAUUCGUCGACGGACGAAGACGGAAACAAAAACAAAGACCAGGAUCCAGGGAAAGUCGACGAUCAAGACUACUGGGCGCACCAGUGGGCCGAAGCAUUCGUUGACUUCGCGACCCACAAGAUGGAACGCUACCUGAACGACAUGGGCGUCAAGUUUUUGACAGUCGGCUGGGCCGAGAAGGGCGCCGGCCGGGCCGACGGGCACGGCAACUCGGUUCCACGCUUCCAUCUGACAUGGGGAACGGGGCCGGAGAUCGUGAAGGCCUUUGCCGAGCCUGUUGUUCAAGCAGCAUCAACAUCGACAUCGAUAGGUACCAGAGAGGCGAACCAGCAACACCAAGCCCGACAGCCCCUAGUCACGUUCCACUAUCGCCACCGCGUCGACGAGCUGAUUCUAGACGAAACCUCCGGCGCGGCGAUCGGGGUGCGCGGCCAGAUCCUCGAACCGACGGAUCUAGCACGCGGGAUGGCGUCGUCACGGACGAGCAUCGACUCCUUCUCGCUGCGCGGGCGAGCAGUGGUAAUCGCGACGGGCGGGAUCGGCGGGAACAUCGACGCGGUGAAGCGCAACUGGCCGACGACACGGCUCGGGCCCAAGAUCCCCGCGUCGUUUGUGGUCGGGGUGCCGGCGCACGUGGACGGACGGAUGCUGGACAUCGCGUCGACGGCCGGGGCGCGCCUGACCAACAUGGACCGCAUGUGGCACUACACGGAGGGCCUGAGGAACUGGAACUCGAUCUGGCCUGCGCACGGAAUCCGCGUGAUCCCCGGUCCGUCGUCGCUCUGGCUGGACGCGACGGGCCACCGGCUGCCCCCGUUCCUCUAUCCCGGAUGCGACACGCUCGCGACGCUCAAGCACAUCUGUGCCACCGGCCACGAUUACUCGUGGUUCGUGCUGAACCGGCACAUCGUCAGCCGUGAGUUCGCCCUGUCCGGCUCCGAGCAGAACCCGGACAUCACGGGCAAAAGCUACCUCCAAACCCUCUUGCAGCGGUACUUCUCCCGCAACGGCACGUAUGCGGUGCAGGAUUUCUUGAAGCACGGCGAGGACUUUGUCGUUGAGGACGAUUUACCUGCGUUGGUCGAGGGCAUGAAUCGUCUGGCGCGCGAAAGGGGUGGGCCUGUGCUCGAAUACGAUGCCAUCCAUGCAGAGAUCCUGGCGCGCGAUAUGCAGAUGGACAACAAGUACUCGAAAGAUGCGCAGGCCAUGCUGAUCGCCAACACGAGGCAGUAUUGGCCCGAACGGUUCCGUACCGCGAAGCCGCAUAAGAUCCUCGAUCCCGCGGCCGGCCCGUUGAUCGCUGUCCGCAUGAACUUGCUGACCCGCAAGAGUCUGGGCGGAUUGCAGACGAAUCUGGAGGGCAAUGUCAUGCAUGUCAAUAAUCAACCAUUCCCAGGUCUUUAUGCUGCCGGUGAGGCUGCCGGGUUUGGUGGCGGCGGGAUGCAUGGCUAUGCUUCUCUCGAAGGGACCUUUUUGGGAGGUUGUAUCUUUUCCGGUCGAGUCGUUGGAAGAGCUCUGGCGACAAGAAUCUCAGGAGUUUCUGGGGAGUCAAGGCUGUGA